AUGGCAUGUUUGAUAAGAACUGUUUUUCCCAAAAAAGGGGAUAAUCCAACAGCUGGAUCACAAUCAUCUAAUGUCGACAAUGAUAUACCCUUGGAGGAGAUCCCAAUGGAAGAGUCCGUGAAGCAAAUCUUAACUGAUGAACAUAUUUACGAUGAUCAGUGGUCAGUAAGCAGAAAUAAAUCCUACUUUGUGGUUCAGUUUUCUGUAUCUGAUUCGAAUAAAAUGGAGCGUAUCUUAGACAGAUUGGCAUACUUCAAUAUUGGGAAGACUAAUGAUUCAUCUAUCAUGGUCACUGAGCCUAUGAUCAAUGUUCAAAAACGUAAUAAAGAAGGAAAAUCUGGUGUUAUCUCCUAUUCUGCUAUACAAAAUUUCAUUGGGACAUUGAAAUCACGACUGUGUGUUGCCCAGGUAUACAAUGAAAUUAAUCAACGUGGAUCAUUUGACAUGAAUUAUUUAUGCUUUCUGUUGUGUGCAGCUAUUGUAGCAAAUAUAGCUCUGGUAACAAAUUCUGCUGGGGUUGUAUUCGCUAGUAUGCUGUUAUCACCUCUAAUGGAUCCAAUAAUGUGCAUUCUAUUUGGCCUUAAUCUACGUGAUCGUAAUAUGACAACUAAGGGAAUACGAAAUACAUCCGUAUCAUUAAUUAUCUGUGUCAUGAUUGGUUUAACAUUUGGUUAUGUUGCGCAUCUUAUCAGUGCUUUUCAGGAUGUAAAACCCUAUCCAACAGGUGAAAUGGCGAUAAGGGGUGAACUAAGAUCAUUCAUUGGAUCCAUGCUUGUUGCCGCAUUCUCCGGCGUCAGCGUCUCCUUCGCUAUACUGAGUAAACGAUUAUCAGCCUUAAUUGGCAAUGCAAUCUCACUUUCACUGUUACCGCCAGCAGUCAAUUGUGGUCAUUUACUGCUGCUUUCUCUUUUGGCAAUUUCUUCCGGGGAAAAAGUUCAGUACGAGGCAAUAACCAAUAGAGAAUUGAAUCAAACAACAACUGUACAUUAUUGUACAUAUUCAUGGAUUCGACAAUAUGAAUUCCUUUAUAUGCAAAAUCCAUGUAAUGCUCCACUGGAAUUUCUGUACGUCGGUUUAUCAAGUUUCUGUCUUGUUACAAUGAAUAUUCUGCUCAUCCUAAUCACUGGAUAUACAGUGAAUAAGAUAAAAAAUUUAGUGCCUCUUUCAUUUACAAAUGAAAUCACCAGAAGAUUUUACCAAAAGGAUUUACGAGAAGUUCGCGAGAAUUAUAAAUGUUUACACAAAUUCGAUGCAUCUGAUUUAGCUACUUAUGCAUACAAUGAAUACCUUCGUUUGAAUAAAAUAAAUUCACAAGACGGUGAAUUAACUAAUUUGGACAGUGAGAAUGCAGAACAGAUUGUUAAUGAAUUUCAUACAAUUAUGAAGGAUCUGAAGAAGGAUCCGUAUUUGCAAACUAUUACUGCAGAAACUACACAAGGUGACAGUAGUUUUUUGAGAAAAUUUAUCGAGAAGUCCAGUGAAUUAUCGACUAAAAAUGCAGUUAAGCGCUUAAAACACCAUCAUACAUUUUGUCAUCCAACUACAACGUUUCAAUUAGGCGAUGAUGAGACAGUUGGUAAUGUCAACAAUGCAACUAGAAAUAGAAACACUACUACCUCUAGUAGUGCUGCUGCUGGUGGUGGUGGUGCUGAUCGUGCCGGUGCUAACGGUACUCUCGCCAAUCAUCAUUACCAUAUUAACAGUAACACCUAUCACUCAGAUGACAACCGGGCCAGCAAUAGGAAUUCAGAUGUCUAUCGAAUAAAAUUGUUGAACAGAUUGGCUUUCGAAGUAAAUUCUCCAACGACUAUACCUGAAAAUCCUCAAAUCAAUAAUGAUGCUAAUUUAUCACCGCUGAUUGGAAAAAGUAAAUAUAAAAGACUGCAUGCAGAAAUAAUGGAUUUACACUCAGGGAAAAAUCAAAAAGGUGAACCUAGUCUACGAACUUCCAGUUCUACAGGACGAUUUGAAGUGGUGUCUGUGGAAUGCCCAUCAGAAUCGAUAUAUACUAAUACAGAGAGACAAGAGAAAACUGCCGGAGAGAACAGCAAUAACAACAACAACAACAACAGUUCCACACUGAAGUCUAUUGUUUGA